CUGGCGGGCGCGGGCGCGAGACGCUGCGCGGCGGCAGCGGCAGCGGCGGGCGCGAGCGGCAGCUGUCAGGCCACCGAGGUCCAAGCUGCACUUGCUGCCCCGUUGAGGACGAGGCGGCAGCGGGAGCUGUGACGGUGUCGCAGAGGAACCGGAUCCCAGGUACGCAGAGCCGACCUACCUGGCACCCGCAGCCCUUUCCUGUCUCUCUCCCAUUCUAUUGGAACCCUAAAAAGAAAGAAUAAAACAACAGGAAAAAGAAAAGACUAAAAUUGUGAUAAAGACCUAACUAGGUUCUCUUGGUUACAAACUCCUCCCCGUCUGGUACUGCAACAAUGAGUGGGAAAUCCCUGCUCUUAAAGGUCAUUCUCUUGGGUGAUGGUGGAGUUGGGAAAAGCUCCCUUAUGAACCGUUAUGUAACCAAUAAAUUUGACUCCCAAGCUUUUCACACCAUAGGGGUAGAGUUUUUAAACCGCGAUCUGGAAGUAGAUGGACGCUUUGUAACCCUCCAGAUCUGGGACACUGCAGGGCAGGAACGUUUCAAGAGCCUUAGGACGCCCUUCUACAGGGGAGCAGACUGCUGCCUCUUGACCUUCAGUGUGGAUGACCGGCAGAGCUUCGAGAACCUCGGCAACUGGCAGAAAGAAUUCAUCUACUAUGCAGAUGUGAAGGACCCUGAGCACUUCCCCUUUGUAGUUCUGGGUAACAAGGUAGACAAAGAGGAUAGGCAAGUGACUACUGAGGAGGCGCAAGCCUGGUGCAUGGAGAAUGGGGAUUACCCUUAUCUAGAAACAAGUGCCAAAGAUGAUACUAAUGUGACAGUGGCCUUUGAAGAAGCUGUCAGGCAGGUGUUGGCUGUAGAGGAACAGCUGGAGCAUUGCAUGUUAGGUCAUACCAUAGACUUGAACAGUGGCUCCAAAGCAGGAUCUUCAUGUUGUUAAAAGUAGGGAGCCUUUUAAAAGUGUGCCCUAAAUUGGUCAGUUGGUAGUGUAAGAAUAACCGUGCCCCUCGGAGGGUGCACACACACACAAAAGGGUAAGAGACAAGGUUGUGAUUGUGAAUCAGGGCCUUUCGAAUAGAAGUUGUAGAACGAUUAAAAAAAAAAAAAGCUUUACCAAGCCAAGUGCAUUUUGUGUGAUUUCUGCUAUUUCCCCUUCUGUGUGCAUCAGGACAUUUCAGAAAGCUUUAGUCCUGAGAGAUUUAAAUAUUUUUCAAAUCACAAUGUAAACCCAGAACCCAGCCACAUGAAGGAGUUAAAGAAAGAGCUAUGGCCAUCCCUUAAAGCGUUCCAUUAACCAACUAACAAAUGUCACCAUCAGACUAUUGCCAAGCAGUUUCUGACAUUUCUGCCAAAAGGAAAAAAAUAAGACUCUGGGCUGUAUUACAAUAAAAAAUACAAAUGCAAACAAGGAUAUCCGAAGCUUGAAUUAUAAAGAGGCUGUAAUGAUUAGGAAUGCAAAAGUUUAAUAAUGUACACUGCCUUGUUUAAAUCCUUAUGGAUUGUUUGCUCCCUCUUGAAGCUUUUCAAAAAAUACCACCUCAAUAAUAGACACACUAAUGACACUGGAAAUUCAUUAUACUCCUUGUGUUUGAAGUGACAGGGUACUAGUGAAUGAAUUACGCUUAAAUAUGCCAACCACUUGCAAAUAAAUGGUUGGUCUGCUUUUACUUCGUAAGUCUACUUUUGCUGCGUAGAGAUGUUGCUUCUCUGACAACCUCUUAUCAAUUUAGCAGUGAUGCUUAGUAUAUGGCUUUGGGUGCAGUGCUCUCUGCUCAUAAUUUAGAUGGUCCUUUGGACCACCGGGCUGGGCUCACAGAGGAGGCUUCAGAAAAGAUUGGGGAAUAAUGGGCUUUUUUCACAAGGUUCCUUAACUUGAAUAUUUAUUGUAGAAGAAGGAACAGCUUUCUUGUAUGUUGCACUGUAUGUUCAGCCAGCCAAAUUAGGACAAUAAAAGUGACAAGAGAGCAGACUUUAACCCAGUGUUAGAAUGAACUUUCUCCUAAUUACAGUUGUCCAACAGUAGAAUGGACUGCCUUAAUCGUGAGCUCACCUCCAUUGGAAAUAUUCAAGAAAAAGCUGGAUGACCAUCUGUUAAAAUGCCAUAAAAAGAAUUUCUGUACUGGCUAGAUGUUUGGUCUAAGAUCCCUUCCAGCUCUAAGUUCUAUGACUCUAUAAACUACAUUUCAGUGCCAUGUUAUAGUUUGAUCUAAAGAUAACAACUAAGACGAUGGAGAGAGACUUUAAAAAUUCUCACUCUAUUCUGUGAUUAGCCUUUAACUUAGAGCUGGAAGGGAUCUUAGUAUUGUGGCAGGAAAAAUUCUCGAGCUCUGAGUAACUCUUAUGUGCCCUGAUAUAAACAUCCUAAAGAAAACAUGUUAAAAUGCAAAAACGUUUUGUCAGUUUUUGAUUACCACGACUGCCAGUUAUAUACUGUAUUAUGAAUAUGCAGUCUAGUUCCUGUUGGUGGAUGUUUGUCCUGCAUAGCUUUUAAUCUAUACUUUAUAACAUCUAUGAUAAAAAUAGUAACCCAAGGUGGUGAGGGACAUUUAGAAAUGACCCCCAAAAGAGACCUAGGCCAGGGAGGGGGUGGGGCUUUUCACAGGAAUACAGCCUAGAACUCUCCAUUGUAGCCGCAUAUGGAAUCAGCCUUACAUGUGGGACCUUAUGUGCUUUAAGAGCUAGGGACUUUCUGGCCACAUAGACAAGUGGAGGAAGGUAUUUCAACCCAGUGAUACCCAGUUAUUUCCAAUUAAGAUAUAGUCCUGACCCCAUUGUCCAAUUAACUUUGAUGCCAGAAGUCAAAGCCAGAACUGGGACCCCACAGCUCUUAAUAGAGGUCCCCAUCCUGCCUAUGCCUGUAGCCAGCCACACUGGUUUCCAAGUUGUAUGAUCAUCUUGCUACAAUCAUGUUACAGUGAAAAUCUGUACAUUGCUGUAGUCAGAACUGUUAAAUGCUAGUUGUUUUUAAGUGCAUGAGACCUGAGGCCUUCUCUUUCUACUUGCACUCUGCUUACAAUAGUUUCUAUUUGUAGAUCUCAGGCCUUCAUAAAGACCUCCAUCAACUCACAAAAGUACUUGUCUCUAUUAGAGUAGCAUGUGGUCAUUAGAGUAAAACAUCACAUGCGUAUCCCAUUCAUAGGCCUUCUGUCCAUCUAAGACAAGUGUUAAUUUUAUUGGCAGGUCAACUGAAGCCCCUUUCCCCUUAGCCAUACCAAAUUUUUUGUCUGCCAGAUCACUCCACAAUAUCUUAACGAAAGCACUGAACAUUAAGUGACAAAAACAGUGGCAUUUUGGUGAGUAACACUCCAGUGGGGUGCUGACGUAUAGUUUGGGUUAGAUUACAAAACACCAAAGGCUGAAAUCUGUGAGCACCAGGAACUGUGCAUAUAGGUUUAGAAUUGACUGCGUACCCUAGAAUGUGCACUGCAAUGUUUUCAGUGGGUGUUUUUUUUAAAGGAACGCUAGAUUUUUUGAAUGAGAUAUUUCUAAUUAGAACUAUAUUCUGUUUUUCAAUGGUCCAUUUAAACAUCAUACAGAAGAUUUAUUUUCAUGCAUUGGGCUAACAUUCAGGGGGCCUCUGAUUCCACAUGUCUUCAGUGGAUUGAUGAAUUUCAGGUUAAUUUGUGCCUGCCUCAGCCAUCUCUUCUUUAUUCUGAGGUAUACCACAAUCCUCUUGUUGCAGGUGCUGCUAAAAAUCUCAAACUUGUGUAUCAGAUAUUUUGUUUCAACUGUUAAAAAUCAUCUGUGUUAAAGUGAAUAAAAAGUGCAUUUUGAAUAAC